UUAACUGUUUUUCGUAAAUAAUUGGGAAAUGUGGGCCGAGCCACGUAUUAUUUCCCAUCAAGAAGUCCCCCACUUUUUUGAGUUGUGAGAAUCAUCAACUUAAAAAAGUAAACAAGUCCUCCGAGUGUGAUCUUCCGUUUUCGUACUUUGAAUUCUUGACCGGUAGAUAUUAUUACUAGUCCUCCGAGUCUUCAUUAAUUCUCUAAUUUCUUGAAUCAGAAGUUUUUUCCUGCAAAAAAUAAUUUGUACAACAUUUUUUUUUUGACCGGCCUAUGCCAUGCUCAAAAAAUUAUUAUUUUUACCGAGGAGCUCAGUGUUAGAUGAUUAAGAUUCGCGCGAAUAAUUAUCGUAACAAGAGCGAUGUCAGUUCGAUAAAGCAACGAUGCUUCGAAAAGUUAUUUCGUCGAGGUCGGUGUUAAUACGAGUCAAGCAAACGAUGCGUGACGAAAUUAGUAUACCGAUGACAAUGACCUUAGUUAAUAAGAAUUGAAUCCGAUGCGGUAGCUUUGUUGAAGAUCAGUGUUAGCCCGGCUGACUGAUGUAAAUAUCUUCAUGUCUCGCGGAGACCAUCUUCGAUCAAAGUGCCUCAGAUUGAGGGCUUAAAUGAAUCGGGCGUCCCCGAUGUGAGCUUUGCUCACUUUUUUGCUGAAACCAAUGUGCAAUCGGUGUACCCAAUUCGAUUGGGCUCAGGCUUAUUAGAAAAUAUGUGUAAGACCGGUGUGAGACCAGUGUACCAGUUCGACUGGGUCACAUAUUUUCUUUAUUAUACUGAGCAAGACCGGUGUGGUAACCAGCGUGCCAGGCUAGGCCUGUGUCUCAGUCUUCCAAUAUGAUAAUGCUGCUGGCCGGGCCAGAUCAACAUUGGAGAAUUAACCAUGUCGGAUGGUUUCGAGCCCUCUCCAAGGCCCAAAAUGCACCCUUCUUCCAGGGCCCCCUCUUCCGGGUGAUUAAGUCUUUUAAUGGCCCUUUGAUAUCUACCAUCCCGGGAAGGCCUUAGCUCACCCCCCCGUUCAAGUCUUCCCUGAGAAGGGGGAAAUAGGAUGCGUCACGGUGGACGAUCCCUUUCUAUUUCUUUUAAUGGGCAUCUUUUAGUCCCCAAUCAAUUUGACGGCGCCGGCUGAUUCCCCGACACCGGUCAAACCUCAUGGGCCCGUGUAAGUACGGUUCGAACCCUCUUCCAGGUCCAGCCCUCUUGCAGGCAUACCCUCUUCCGGGUUUAUUAUUUUUUAUUUUAUACUGAGCAAGACCGGUGUAGUAACCAGCGUGCCAGGUCCGGGCCUGUGUCUCAGUCUUCCCUUCAAAAUUCUCUAUCAACCGGACUCACUUGUUGAGAAUAUGUCACAGAUCCUUGGUAGAGUCUAGGAACAUGUGUACACCAUAAUAAUUACGGAGCAUUUCAAAAGCUCACAAUAAAAAAUGGAGCCCACCAUCCAUUACUUUGAAUUAUUAUCUCCGUUUGUCCACUUGUUAAUUAUUGGUACCAAGCAUGUACCCACUUUUUUCUUCAUUUUCAAAAUCUGCCCGAUUGUAUCCUCCAUGUGCUGUCCAUCUGUGUUUUCUCAAUCAUCUUUAACUCUUCAUUGGCAUGUUGUUGUUUGGCUCCGCGUGUGUUGGCAGUGGAAUUGUAGAUGUGAUGGUGUGGCACAUUCCCAUAGUGGCAUCAAUGUUUUAAAUCAUCACCAUUACUUUAAUCGGAAUCUGGCCGCCGCCGCGGCUUUGAGACGGAGUUCGAUCGCUUGUGUCUUGUGGUCGCUGACCGGGAGGAGGAUUGUCCUUCGCAAGCUGGGUUGCAGGUGAGAGACGUCACAGCUGGUAGCUCUUGCCGCUGAAGUUCUCUGGCAGAUUUGACAUCCUUGGGAAUGACAGACUUUGAGAUCAACGGUAAUGGAGAUCUCAGCGGUGGCAACAAUGACGGACUUUGAGAGCAGCGACAAUGUGAAUCCUCUAGCAGCGGGCAGUCAAAGACGGCACCCAAUCACAGGAGAAAUGGAACCAGCGGUGUGCACACCACCAGGGUUGGUCAGCCACGAAGUAGCGGCAGACGGUAACUAGACACAUCGGGUGGUGGCGGUAGGUCUGUGAAGCUUUUCCAGUGGAGAUGGUGAGGAGACCUUAGCAAGGGACCAAGGGUGGCCACAAAAUCAAUGCUCAUGCCAGGGAAGACAGGCUUCGACAGCGGCCAUGGAAACUUCGGCAGCCGGAGCCGGCAGUGUCAAGGAUGCCGGUCUAGGAGCCGGAGACGAAGAGUUGCAGGCGCAGAGGUCGCCUUUGAUUCCACAGGCGCCAGGGAGUUUCACGGCCUGCGUGACAUUGAUUCUGAGGGAUUUGAACAGCGAUCUGUCGUUAAACAAGGUGCAGAGGCACCGGAGCUCAUUCUCCACCACUUUUCUCAGCGGAUCGCAGCAGGACCACGACGGAUUGGUGGAGUUCAGGAAACUGGGCACACGUUGCCGUCGACGCCAUCACCGCCGCUAUCACCACGGCCGACACAAUCCAAUAGCCGCCCAUAUUAUUGUGUGUUGAUUAGAUAAGCCCCUGAUUUUUUUUAUGUGAUUUGGAGAUUCCUCAUAUGGCGGUUAAUGUCAUGGCUGCUCCACAAGACCACAACCGGGGUAGAGCCCAAAUCUAACCUCGGGGCAGUGCCGGCUUCUAGUUUCAACGGCGAGCCGGCGAUGGUGGAUUUCACCUGCAGAUGAAGCUGGGCUACGACCACGGAUGGCGAUGGUGGUCAGGUGCUAUGGCAACACGUUGGACUCUUGUGGCAACGGCAGUGAUGCCAAAUAUCUCCUCACAGUUGUAUUCCUUCCCCUUUUCUUCUUGUUUCCUUCCCCACUUUCUCCUCUUUCUCCUUUUUUUUAGUGGAGGUAUCAACACAGCCACACAAAAAGAUUAAGAUAAGAUCUCUCUCUUUUUGUAGCGCAACUCUCUCUUUUAUCUUUCCUCUCUUUUUUUUUGUUGAGCAACACACCUCUCCACUGAUCCUUUUCGGUGAACAAGAUGAAGUAACUAAAAAAUCAUGGCUUUUCGCUCAGGUCCCACGGGUGGCGCCAAAAUGAUGGUGUAAAUUAUUGACCGAUAUAUCGUUUUUAGCCCGGCAAAAACGAUAAACUAGUCUAAAAAUACACCAAAAUAUAAAAAUGGGAAAUUUGACGUGGAAACCCAAAUCGGGAGGAAACCACGGGCCUUUUUUGGCGGUACCUUGCCAACGGGGGAUUUUAUUAACAUCGGGGGUGUGUACACGAUACAUGAAACGGGCUCGGAAGCCAUUAAUGGUGGAGCUACAAGCUCUUGAGGAAGAAAAAUAUAUAAAGUUCUAGAGAGAGAAAGUGUAAUGUGCAGGGGAGAGGGUGAGUUU